UAGGAUAUGUCUGAUCAUUUUUCCGUUGAAGAAUUUUCAUCAUUGACAAAUGAUAGAGCAUGGUAUAAUAUAAUCUUUGUUAAGGUGGAGUUUAUUUGGCAUGACGUCGAUGGAAAGAGAUUAGUGGUUAUAUUUCUUGAUCAACACAGACAAAAAAUUGUUGCGUUCGUCCCACAAAAUUUGAUACACAAAUAUAAUGACGCGUCAUUGAUGGGUGGUUUUUUUUCGUUGAAUCAUUUCCAAAUUGAGAAUCUCAACUAUCUUGAGUGCCCAAAGUACCAGAAUUACGUGUUAGUUUGGUCCGAGAAGAAAAUUGUCAUCAACGAAUAUACAAAGCUUUCUUCACUUACGCUUACGAUUCCAAGGGGUGCUUCUUUAUAUCCAUUGGUCCCUUCCAUUAUAGAAUUGAAGCAUGACAGGAGACCUCAAAUGGAUAUUGUUGAUGUGGUUGGGAGAAUAAUAGAAGGCAAACGUGAUCGAUGUUGUUUUGAACUUUCUCUUCAAGAUAAGACUGGUCACACAAUACAAUUGUUUUUGUCUGCCCUGAAGCCUUCCGAUGUGAUACGUUCCAUUCGAGCCGUGCAACAAAGGUCCAUCAUAUAUGUAUCACGUCUCAAGUUGGUUCAUCUACCAGAUAGUAUGUUAUGCUUUACACAUGAACAUUCUAAUAAUUAGUUAGAUCUAAUGGCUCAUGUAGUUUAAUAAAAGUUAUAUUUUAUUUGUUAUUUCAGUUAAUAUUUUGAAGUCUACGGAGUUGAGUACGAUUACGUACGAACCGGAUAUGGUCGAGGCACGGGAUAUGUAAAUUAUGGAUCGUUAUCCAAUUUGUGUUUAAGUUAGAAACAUUUGGUGUUGUUAUUUGUUUAGUUGUUGAAUAUUAAAGUCUCUCUUGGUGUUUCGUGUUUUGCUUUUUGUUUCCCUCA